ACUUUGCAGCUGAAUGUUUGCUGAAGUUCUCUGAGAAUAAAAUACACCUUAAAGCGCAAAUUUUUAUAAAAUAAAUGCAGUUGAAACCUCUACUUAUAAAAUCGCUUGAAGUGAAUAAUAAAUUAUAAGCCUUCACGAACUUUCAAAAAUAUGAUUGAGAUUUCUCACUUUUCUUAUUCUUCACCUAUCACAAUUUAAAAAGGUAAUGGAUCCAGUUAUUGACAAUGAAUGGCUGGGAUGUAAGAAUGAUCCGAUCGAUGAACCACCGACAUUUGGCAACAUAGCACGGAGCUGGCAGUGGCGGGAGAGGGGAGUCAAUGCUCCGAACUCACCGUCAAACAAGACAGUACUUGAGAAUGUUGCUGAGGAUGUACUUGUACAAAAGCCUCUUAAGAUACGAUGUUGUGAUUUACCAGGAUAUCCGAGAUCCACAUUUCUUAUGGUAUUUAGCCCGGAUGGUACCAAAGUUGCAUCAACGCAUGGGAACCACAAUGUCUAUGUAUCAGAAUUAGCUAGUGGGAAACAUGUGAGGAUUUUGAAAGGUCAUCCUCGGACACCGUGGUGUAUCGCUUUCCAUCCAUCCCAUCCGCAGCUCAUAGGAUCCGGAUGUCUUGCCGGACAAGUUAGAGUGUGGGAUAUAUCGAGUGGUGGCAGUGAAGUGUGGAAUGUGAGGAACGAGACUGUCAUAGCCUCGAUAGCUUUCCAUCCAAGGGUUCAGUUGUUGGUGAUUGCUACGUACAAUGAGCUAUACUUCUGGGAUUGGAGCCAACCAGCACCAAUGACUAAGGUCUCCACCAAUAACAUCAAUGAAAAAGUCAGAUACGUGGCAUUCGAUUCUCUCGGCUACAAGUUAAUAACCGGCAUAUCGUUGAGCGCGAUAAGGGGUGGUGUAGACGCGACCGUUCUCCAGCACGCUCCGUCAAAUCCCCAAAACAACAGCAACCGUAGUCUCCACCCAGAUGAUAAUGACGGCAGCAAUAGACCAGACACGGCUGGGGCGACACAGGACGUUAUAGUGAAUUCAUAUCAGUAUCUGGUACAGAGGUACGACAGUCUUGUCAGGAAUUAUCAGAGACUGUUCAUGGUUAGGAACCGGCUCGCUGUCACACCGCCGCCUAAUACGACGGACAGAGGAACUGAUCCAAUGGAAACAGACCCAGCUCCAGAAGCAAAUAGCUAUACACGCACGGCUCGCUCCUAUACAGCCACAACACAGUUGGAUGACGAAAACCAAAACUCGAAUACAAGUAAUAGUAACACCGCUGAAGACACCGCUGACGCUGCUGAAGAAGGGAGUAGCGGUCUUCUGAAUCUUGACGCCCUUUCCUUUGAUAGGGCACCUCCUGGAGAGAGAAACAUGUCGAGACUGGAACUUGCUAUAUUCGGUGCGCGUCCGUCAGCUUUUCAUCCGCUCACCAACGAAAAUCCCGGACGAUCUUUCAGAACGGUCGAUCAAAAUGAAAGAGCCUCAAGACUUUUGCCAAAUCCUUUUUCAAACACAAACGGUACACCACGACCCAGCCGCGUCUCAUUCGCCAGCAGUCCGUUGACCCAACAAUCAAACAACGAUAACGCGCCAAAUGCUUCUCGUACCAGUAUUUUCACGUCAUACAGACCUAAUUCUCCGUCUGUGUUGGAUUUAUCGUCGCGCAGGUGGAGUGGUAAUCGUAGAGUAUUUAUUCCAAGGCCCAGCGACUCACAACCGUCGAAUAGCAAUUCGUCUACAAGAUCCCGUCAGGAAGAUGCUUCUUCCAACACAACAAAUAGGAACACAGCAACAAAUACCAGUGCAUCUUCAAAUUCGAAUUCUAUUCCAAAUGUAUCUUUGAGUAAUAAUUCAUUAUCCAACGGCAAUACGCCUACAGAUACAACCCCCCCUACAAAUAAUUCAACCAGAAGAACGUCAUCACCACCUCAAGGCUCGCCAGUUGACGCGCAGACGAUUAACGAGAGUUUAGAUUUAAUACGAGACAUUCUCAGAGAUUCCGGAACGAGAUUGUUAAACUUAAUCACAAACAUGUCCGCUUCAAGUCUACCUCACGUGGGUCCGGAAGUUCCGAAUAGACGCGUCAAUAUAAGAGCCCAUUCGGACGAUAGCGGUGAAAGUGAACGACCGAGGGGAGCACGACCACGGGUUCGCCUAUUCAGCUCCAACUUGCAGCCCGAAAUACUAUCUUCGAGUUCAGAAUCCGAUAGUGACCAAUCCUCAGAGGUAAAUAUUCUUAGGACUCCGAACACGACGUUCAGAGAAGAAGACUCGCGAGAAGAAUCGUCUCGAACUACCGAAAUGCCGGGACCGUCUAACAGAUCAGCGCCUCCCUCUGAUAGAGCAGACUCCGAGAACGAUGACAAUACACCCAACACUGGCAUUGAUACUGAGAGUGUUUCUACAGCAGCAAGUGCAAGUAGUAGUCGUAAUCGACCGAGAACACAAAAUAAUGAUGCAGGUGAGGGGCCUAGCACAUCAAGUCACGCAUCUGAUGAACCAGAGAACUUAGCUCAGAACAGUUCAAACUAUUUCGAUUCUAGUAGACCUUCCACAAGUGGAAACAAUAUAUGGACGAAUGGGGCCACAGUGCCACCAGAAGAAGCGUUUAGAAAAGUUCGGGGCGGUGUGAACGCGUUACAGAAACACACAACUCAACUGACUAAUAUGUGGGUACGCGGGAACCGCACUACAAUGCGAGAAUUACGUACCAUGUGGGAGAAUUUACGUAGACGAAUCAUAAUGUUACACAGGGAAACCGGCCGACAAGACUUACCCAACUAUUACACGAGAUCUCUUUUAGAAAGAUGUAUGAUGUUGACUGAAAUGACAGGAGAAGCGAGUCGUAAUGCCACGAGAAAUUAUAGAUCGCAAUCUAAUAUGUCUUCUUAUGAGCCCAGGCCUAGCACGUCUAGAGCUGUUCCGGAAGACAAUAGACCCUCACUAUCAGGAAGAUCUCCAUCAAAAAAAACACCCCAACGAUCCUUAUCGUCAUUAUUAUCAAAGAGACUUCAAGCAGCUUAUUGUAGAUGGCGGCCAGAAGACCGAAGACGCAAUCCAAUUUCAAGUCGUAUGUCUCAACGAUAUCUACAUAGACCACGCAGGGAAUAUACAAGGUUAAUAGAAAUAAGUGCGACAAGGCAUGAAAUUCGCAUGCGUGCUAUGCAAGUGUUGUCCGUUAUGUUUAACAUGAUGAUGUUGUGUUUAGAGGAGCGAGGAUUGAGUUCGCUGAUCAUAAAUAUGUUACGCACUCUAAAAAAGGCGCUGGCAUUGACAUGUUUGAUGCUAAUGACAAAUAGGUACAACCCACGCUCCAAUAAUAACGAUUCUCCGCAAAGAGUUGAUUCAAUGAAUGUUAUACGUUUGCAAAAUGUUGAUCACACCGGUCCCGUUAAUGUGGACGGUCCAGAUGAAUCUCCGCAUCAUUCAAUAUCCAGCGAAACGGAAGAGGAUCGUCAAAAUAAUCCAAACAAACGUUUAAAACGUGAUAGAUCGUCUUCGACUACACAAUCUGUAGCUACAGAAAAUCCUGCAACAGAUGACACAACACCACCGACGGCACCCGCUAGCCAAGAACCAACCCAAAGAUGGAGCAAUCGGUUAGCAGUACAGAUUGCCGCUGCCAAUCGAAAUACUUCAAUGACCGCUAGAACGAGACGAGAUUUGUACGUAGAAAGCAAGAGACAAAAAGCACUACAUAGAACAAAUCCGUUAGCCCAUCCGCUAAUUAAGAAAAAGGUGCUACCACCCGUAUCCACAUACAGAAUUCCUUCGUUGCGUUUGACACCUCGAAGAUUAAGUGUCAGGAAUAGCGCGUCCAGAGCCAAUCCAGCAAAUGGAGAACCAAUAGCUGGGCCGUCUGGCAUUCUUUCUGGCACCGGUACCGUUCGUGGCGGACCGUCAAGGCUCCCUCCGGAAAUGAGUAAUGAGUUUGAACACAGAAUCAAUUUAAUAAGAAUGGCGCACAUGCAAGCUGUAAGACUACGUAAUGCUGCUAGAAGUAGAUUUCGCCGUUUGCAAACCAUCCGUCUGUAUACCCCAUCUUCAGUGCGAGAGAUGUUCACCCUGCAGCCUGAGGGUGACAAUCCCCACGAAAGCCGACCAUUACAAAAUAAUUCUGAACCCAACCGGCGAUCGCUCACGUCCUACGACUACAGGCCUCAUAUACUGACUCGGGAGAGAAUCUUCUCUAGAGGAGCUGCUAAUAGACCUUCAGAAGAUUCAGGACAAUUUCACGCGGUCAUCAGCAACACGGGUAUGCCACUGAUGCAGGUCAGUGACCUCAGCAUCAGCAACCAAGAUGGUCAGGGCAACCAGAACCAACGGCUACCGAGAAUCCAUGAAUACCUGCAACCGAUUAUUUUGGCCCAAAACGCAAUGGUGGUUGAUGAGGAGAGGGGUGAGGAUGGGCCUGGAGGUCUAGGAGCUGCCAGGCGAAUGGGGGGAAUGGCGGGCUUACUGGACGCAGGGAUCAUAUCGGAAGCUUUACCCGCGUCGUCACAUCGCGUACAAGCAUGGGACUUCACGACUGGCGAUACACCAGAUAUCUCCAAUACUACAAAAAACGUGGUGGUUCAACGUUGCCGUAUCCACAAUGACGCGAGCAUCGACAUAUCCAAAGACGGCAGACUGUUGGUGGCUCUCCUACCAGUACCGCGGCUCAGGAACGCGAACCAUUGGCUUGGUGUUUAUUCCUUGGAGUGGUCCCGUCUGGGUCAAUGUCUCCACACAGCGGUGUUGGAACAGAAUGCUGUUUCAGUGGCACUGUCACCAACAGCGAGACAUCUGGCUGUAGGUCUUGGAUCUAGAAGAUUCACAUCAGCAGCUCACAGUAGGAACAAUGUGUUUGCACUGCUGUACAGAUUAGACCCACUUGAGAAUUCAAGCCGCACUGGUUUAUCACCUAUCAAAGAAUUGGAACAGACAUGGGAGCAUGGCUUCACCAGCCUGAAUUGUCUCCGUUGGGCCCCGCAACCCGGCCAAGGACUGGUAUAUGCCAAUAAUACAGGACAACUGAUAAUUAUGAGCUAAUUUACAUGCCAAAGGACCCAAAUAAAACACCCCAUAGACCAAAACUUAUUUGACUGAAAUUUGUUUAUUUUUCAAGCAUUUGAUAUAUUAAACAACAUGUGUAAAUAAAAAAUGUUUUAGAUGAAUUCCAAAAGUAACAGCUUCCAAUUGACGAAGUGUGAAUCAUGCUUUAUAAAUUGUUUGUCUCAUAGUUUUUUUAGUAAUGAAUGAGCGUGUGGGUGAGUGUAAGAUUACACAAAUAUAUGUGUGUGUGUGUGUGUGUAAUGUUCAAUGUUCUCACUACAGACUGACUUGUGACUGUCACAAGCACAGGCUGCACAAAUUCAACAUGUGUACAUGUGUUAAAUUAUGUGCACAUGUGUAAAACAUGUACAGAAUAUGAAUUUAUGUUUUAGUAUAAUUGAUCUCUUAAUAUGCAUUAUAUGUAAACUGAAAUUUCAAUAAGUAGUAACCGUUUUAAAAAUCAUAAGUGUUUAUGUAGAUGCACCCAAUAUCUUGCUUUACAAUGACAUAAAACACAAAGAAUACUUAAGUGAAAUUAUUAGAUAUUAUUGUAAUAUAGAUAAAAAAUAUAUAUCUCUUAGUGUUGUUUUGCUUCACUGUACCUAGACAUACUUAUGUAUGUAUUAGAAACACGAUGAUCAUCACAAUAAUAUCUGUGCCUAAAAUUUAUUGAAACUGUUUUGUAAAGUUGUAUAAUUUUCUUAUAUUUAUUUUAAAUUAAUAUAAAUUUUUAGCGAUAACUUUUUAUUCAGUUAAUUGGCUUACAAAAGUUCUGUGUUUUAUUUUUAAUUUUUUUAUUUAUUUUUAUUUAAAAAGAUUAUUUUGCAUUAUUAUAAAUUAUAUGCACUCUACGUCUGGCCACAUGAUACAUGGUCAUAGAAGCCAUAAUAUAGUAUUAAAUGUCCUAAAAUUAUUAUUAAAAAAUAUAUAUUUAAUGUAAAGUCCUUCUCUCUCUAUUGAAUUAUCAUGAAACUUAUACAACUGUGAAGAAUAAGUACUCUUAUUUAAAGCUUUGUUUUAUGUUUGUCGAUACAAACAGAUGAAUAUUGUUGUCUGACAAUCUCAACAAAUUUUAUUGCCCUUAUAUAAGAAUUGUAGUUCCAUUCGCUGCGAGAAAUUAAAUAAUUGUAAAUAGUUUUAAAAAUCUUUUUCUACUUCACCAUAUUCUUAAUGUACCUAUAAAACUAGUUAGGAGGUUUUGAUUAUUUAAAUAAUGUUGCUAAAACACUUGUAUAAUAAUUCUUAUUUAAUUUUGAGACUUAGAAACAAGAUGUUCCUCUUCUUGAAAAUGAUAAUUAAUUCCAUGGAUUUGGAUAAAUCUUAAAACAUAACUUAUGCAUUCUACUUUAAUACAAUAACAGAGACAAAUGAUAAAUUUGUCACAAUAUCAGAAAUAAUUUACCGACUCACUUCAUUCUCCCCUUACUCAAUUACUUUCCCGCUGUGUAAUAACAUAAACAUCUUGCAAUACAUAUUAUUUGUGUAUCCAUUGUGUUCUUUUUCAUAUCAUGUACAAGUGUAAUAUUAUUUGGUUUUAUGUGAUAAACAUGAAAUUUUAUUUGCAAAAUGUAUGUAUACUUAAUGUCAAGCUGUACAGUGGAUUGUUGUCUAAUAAAAAUAUUAAUAUAGUAGAUAAAGCA